AUGGUUAUGGCAUCUUCGGUUUCAUUUUGGGGACCUAACUACGGAUUGCAAAUUGAAAACAACUAUGGGAGUAUCAAUGCGCAGUUUCAUCUGCCGCCAGAUGAUUCCGAGGCUCCGAAUCCAAUCUCUACAGUUCCGUUUGAUAGAGACCCCGAUUUCAUUGAACCAGGUUUAUUAUCACAAAAAGUGACCGAUAUUUGCUCCAAGCCUGCAGCGAGACUCGCCCUUGUAGGUCCUGGUGGCAUCGGAAAGUCUCAGAUAGCUAUUGAACACGCAUAUCGGACGCCCCACAACUCACCAGACACAUGGGUUUUCUGGAUUCAUGCCAGUAGCUCGGCUCGAUUUGAGUUAAGUUAUCGCUUACUCGCAGAUAGAGUCAAAAUUCCCGCUCGCAUAGAUCCAAAUGCAAAUAUAUUCAAACUUGUUCAUGAUUGGCUUCAGGAUUCCAAGCACGGCCCGUGGAUCAUGAUCCUGGACAGCCUCGAUAAUGAUGAUUUUCUUCGCCGAGUGCCAUCUCCAGGCGUGGCUCUUUCCAAUUUCUUACCGCGAUGUCAACAUGGCUCAGUUAUCUUCACGACACGAAGUUAUACUGUUGCGGAGAUGUAUGCGACCGCACAAAAUAUAAUUACUGUAGACCCGGAUGAGUCCCAUUCAGUGGCUCUCAUGAGAAAGAAACUCAGAGUAGAGCAAGACUAUGAGGAUAGUGAUGUCACUAAGCUUGUGAGAGCUCUCGCUUGUAUGCCUCUUGCGGUUGUCCAAGCCGCUGCGUACAUUACCAAGCUUGUUCCUCGGUUCACCGUGACUCAGUAUCUGAAGGGGUUUCAAAAGAGUGAUCGGAAGAGAGUUAAACUUCUGGAACACGAAGCCGGAAAUCUCCAUCGAGACUGGGAGGCAAAGAGCUCUAUCCUGUCAGCUGCAGAUCUUCUCGCGCUGAUGAGCUUCUUUGACGCUCAAGGGAUCCCGGAAAUUCUACUCCGGGAUGCACCAGAUGAAAGCGACGAUGACAACUCCAUCAAUUUAGAUCACUUUAGCCAGGAUGGGGGAACUGUCCAAAUGCACAAAUUUUGGAAAUCUCAAUUUGUUCGGAAUCUCCUUCGUGCAUUCCCUACUGGCGAUCCCAUUCUCCAUUGGGAAAAAUGCCGUGCACUCUACCAGCAUGUCCAAAGGGCACUCUCCCAACGCCCAAACUCCGAAGAGAGGCUAAAAGACUGGGCGCUUCUUCUUUAUCGAGGAGCGGAGUAUGCGCAGACAAGCAAAAAUCCCCAGGAAGCUCAAGAACUGAUGACCAAGUCAAAGAUAGCGUUCAAGAAGAUUCUCGGACCUGAACAUCCACAUACCAUUUCCAGUGGUAUACUUCAAGCUAUGAGCUAUUUACUCGAAGGUCGACGUGAUGAUGCUGAGGAGUCACUUUCCCGACUACUGAGGACCUGUGAAAGUGCUCUUGGGAUUUCCCACCAUGUUACGUUGCAGGCAAAAGACAACCUUGCUGAGAUAUAUUACUAUCAAAGCCGCUUUAAAGACGCAGAGAGUUUGUGGGAGCAGGUACUCCAGAUCAGAAAGGCUUCAUUGGGAGAACACCAUGCUAGUACACUUGUAGUCGAAGUAAAUCUUGGUAUAUCUUACACCAACGCGCAGAAUCUAGAAAAGGGUCAGACAAGGUUCCGAAAAGGUUUCGCCUUACUCUCAGAGGUACUCGAGCUCAGGAAAAGGGAUCUUCCCGAGGACCACCCAAGCAUAUUGAUCGUGAAAAGCUCGGUUUCGGGUGCUUACAUCGAACAGGGCAAAUUGAAAGAAGCUGAAGAAAUGGAAGUUGCGCUGUUAGAGUCCUACAAGAAAAUCUUUGGUGGCGAGCAUCAAUGCACGCUUUUCAGUGUGGUGAAACUCGGAUCCAUAUACACCUACGUGGACCGAUUAGAGGAUGCUCUUCCAUAUGGCAUAGAGGCCGUUGAGUAUUAUCGAAAAACACUGGGAGAAAAAACCCUGUACACGAUUGGUUCGAUGGGUAAUCUCACAAUCAUGUACGGUCGCCUAGGUCUAUUCAAAGAGGCUGAGCUCCUCGCUCAAGCUGUAUUCGAGGCCAAGAGGGAGUCUUUGGGGGAAAGAAACACUGAGACAAUUGAUGCGAUGGAGACCCUAGCGAUGGUUUAUGAGGGUCUGAAGAGAGACAAAGAAGCCUCAUCUCUUAGAUGGGAGGUUACAAAAGCACGGGCUGAUGCCUACCGAGAUAAACACCGGAGAGGGUUCAGUGUGAAUAAUCUUCUUUCUUUGACUGCAAAGCUCCUUGUGUCAGGUAUUGAUCGAUUUGAGUAA